AUGGCCUCCAAUUCAUCGAAGAAUUUACUAUUACCAGUUUCCGAUCGUCCGAAAGGUGACGAGGACCUCUUCAAGGGUUCCGCAAUGACGAAAAGGGGGGCCUACGCUUCGAUUUCUUACAUGACUUGUGCAGUACUGUUGGUAAUGUUUAACAAAGCAGCUCUUUCUUCAUAUAAUUUCCCGUGUGCAAAUGUCAUCACACUAUCUCAGAUGAUAUGUUCAUGUUUGCUUCUAUAUGUAAUGAGGUUCUGGAAGAUUAUUUCUUUUACAGUUGUUGAUCCCUGGGCUCUUACUGAUAAUUCAGUUACUCUUGUACCACUCAAGAAGUUGGUUCGCACCCUACCUCUUGCAUCCACAUACUUGCUUUUCAUGCUUGUUUCAAUGGAAUCUGUACGUGGAGUAAAUGUUCCUAUGUACACCACUCUUAGGCGGACUACUGUGGUAUUCACGAUGAUAGUGGAAUAUCUUUUGACAAGGCAGAAGUAUUCAUCUUCAGUUGUUGGCAGUGUGGGGUUGAUUGUUCUUGGAGCAUUUAUUGCUGGAGCUCGAGAUUUGUCAUUUGAUUCUUAUGGCUACGUUGUUGUUUUCAUGGCCAACAUCACUACAGCAAUAUAUCUUGCGACUAUAGCCCGGAUUGGGAAAUCUAGUGGACUCAAUAGCUUUGGGCUGAUGUGGUGCAAUGGAAUAAUAUGUGGACCAGUACUGCUAAUAUGGACAUUUUUUCAUGGUGACUUGGAAAUUACAAUGAACUUUCCUCAUUUAUAUUCUCCUGGAUUUCAGGCUAUCAUGCUUCUUUCAUGUAUAUUGGCUUUCUUGUUAAACUACAGCGUAUUUUUGAAUACAACCCUUAAUUCAGCACUCACACAGACAAUAUGUGGUAAUUUCAAGGAUCUCUUUACCAUAGGACUUGGCUGGCUACUGUUUGGUGGGCUUCCAUUUGAUGUUUUGAACGUUUUUGGGCAGUUCCUUGGUUUUCUUGGUUCUGGUUUGUAUGCCUACUGUAAAAUUAAAGGGAUUUAA